CAGUGUGACUUACUAGCUACGGAAUUUCCGUAGCAAAAUUGGAUUUUCAAAUCUAACGUUCAAGUUUUUUCCCCCAAUUAAAACCUAGUUUUUUCUCACUAUUCCAGCCGCGACUGGUCUUCCAUUUCUCCCACCGCCGUCCUCUCACCGGCGUCGCCACCGUCCUUGCUCGGACGCUCAUCGUCGCAGCCGCCGUCGAUUGGGAUUGCACUGCCCUCGCCCAGCCCUACCCCGUCGCUCGACUCCAUAGCUGCAACAAUUGGUGAGUUCGGAUUUGCCUCUGAAUGCGCUUGACUGCAUGAGCCAGAACUUCUGCUCUUCUAGCAUCUAAUUCAGCCAUCUGCCCUGCUCUCAGAAACACCUUGCUUUUCCCAAUUUGAGGUGCAAGAAAUGACAAUUUGAAGUCCCAUAUGGAGCAUCUACUUCAACAUUGGAUCCACCGUUUCAAGAGGAUGAAUUGGUACUUUCUAUAAACACUGCCGUAGAUGAUGACAUGACACCAAUUCAUCCACUUGGUGGUAUGAUAGAAAUCGAUGAGGCCGAAGAUGAUACCGAUGAAGAUAUAAUCUUGUCGGAUAAGGAAAAUGAUGAUGAUCAUGAUAAUGUCGAGAUAUGACCAUCAUAGGACGUUCCAUUAGGCGUGGCAGUGCGGGUGCUACGCGUGGUGGUGGUAGCAGUAGUACUAGUGUUGCACGUGGUGGGGCUAGUAGCGCAUCCUCAGCACACCCAGCAUCAUCAGAUGUCCAUGUGGAGGAGGACUCCGUCGAGGAUGUAGAAUUUUCCAACUCUCAUACGUCAGAUAUAGUGGUUGAUGGGAAGAUCGCGAUGCCAAUAUCACGUACUGGGGUGGUAGGAUCACACAAGAAGAUGUCUAGUGUGAUUACCACAUCUUUCAAGAAAGUGAAGAAUCCAAAUGGCUUUAAUUGGAAAUUAACUCCCAACAACAUCAAAAAAUUGUACUUUGAUGAAUUCAAAAAAGUGUACACAUGGCCUGAAAAGUUUGAGAAUCAAGUCUACAAAAAAUGGUCUCAAAGGGCAGCCAUGAGGUAUAGCGACUUCGUGCACAACAUGAAGUUAAAGAGGGAUGAUGCAGUUGAGGGAGGAGGUAUGCCUGGAUACAUUGACGAGGAUGCAUGGAAGGACCUUUGUGAAUAUUGGGAUACCGAAAGUGUCAAAGCAAAGUCGGAAAAGGCAAGACAAUGCAGGUUAUCUGAACCUGAUGGACCGGGCACCGGGAUUGUCAAACAUAAGGGUGGGUCAAAAUCUGUUGAGGAUAUCGCUCAAGAGUUGGCUGCAGCGAAGGGAGUCCCAGUGUCGAGUGUGAUAUAUGACUCUUUUCUAGCUUUACACGUGAAGAAGGAUGGGACUUACACCGAUAAGAAGUCUGAAAGAAUCGAUGUGGAGGUACAAGAAAUUGCUACAGAGAUGGGCCAAUCUAAUCCUGAUACGCCCGUGGAUAUGAACAAGAUUUAUCUAGAUGUCUUGGGAGGCGGUUUAGAUAAAAAGCAAAGAUUGUUCGGCACAGGUAGUCUCGCAUUGACCUUGAAGACCAAUAUAUCGGGAGAGAGUAGUACUUCAGCUAUGUCCGACAUUGACAAAGAGCAGUAUGCCACUCGCCUAGGAGAUGUAGAGGAGCAGCUUCAAGAGGAGCGAGAAAGGACAUCUCGAUUAGAAGAACAGGUUAAAGUUGCGAUGGAGAUUAUCAAGCAGUUGCAAGGGCAAUCAAGCAGUGCCACUAGCCAUCCAGAUCCACCAUCACAUGUUCCAUGAUUAUACAUGUGUUUUGAUUUUGAUAUCGACUAUCUCUAGGUGUUUGAUUUUAAAAUACUUGUUAGAUAUGUGAUUUUUAAACUAUUUUGGUUUGUGACUACUAUUUCUAGGUGUUUGGUUUUGAAAUACUUGUUAGACAUGUGAUUUCUAAACUAUCUUGGUUUAUGACUAUUUUGGUUUAUGACUUUGAUAUUGACUAUUUUGGGAUAA